AUGAUAGAAAGUGCUGCUAGCGUUCCGCCACGGCGGGAUUUCCGUUACGCAGGGAUGGACAAUUAUAUCUUUCACGUGCAAUAUACGCCACAUGACGACAAAAAUCUGCUCACAUACGUUAUAUUCUACUUUUUAAGUAGUUUGAGUACUAUCACCACUGAAGUGAAGUCACCCCAAAUCCUCCCUUUGAGCCGCGCUAAAUACGAGACUCUCAACCCGCGCCUCAGCCUCACAGCCCACGCGCCGGCUCGCCUACAUCAGAGGGGCGGUUCGCAGACAGACAAGUGCAGUGUGAACACGCAACUGAGUCAGGGCUGUUCUUUGCUGAUGUGGGAGGGCAUCUUGCUACACAUCAUUGCAAGGGCAUAUUUCAGUAAUCUGCUUGCAUUAGCUUGUGUCACUACCAAUGAUGCACCAAUCCUGCAAUGCACUUUUCAGGUCAAAUAUAACCAAGUCAGGUUCUGUGCCACUUUGUCUCUUCAACACAUAUGUGGUUCCACGACGGCGCAAUCCUUUAUCUUGAUAUAUAAUGCUAACAACCUCCACCCUACCACAACAACCUGCGCAACUGCAAACCGGGCUGUUACACAAACAGAAUUGGACUGCCUUGCGCGAAAUUAUAUGCCUGAAGUUCAAGAACUAUCGCUGAAUCUUAAGAAACCUUGCGCCAUCCUCUGUCCCAAUGUCGCACCCGAAGCCAGCCAGGACGAUUCCUUUCGCCAGCUCGUUGAUCUUGCUAAAGCCACCGAGAUAACAAUACUAUUUGACUGGAAAUGGCUUAAUCAGCACCAAAAAAAGUCGAUAUUGGAUAUCGUCUCCCGGCCGGAAACAUUCAGCGGCUUCCGCAUUGACGAGAAGAACCUCAGAGGACGCAGGCUUGACGACUGGUCAGUCUUCAGCCCCGCUGACGAUCAUGUGUCGAACGAACCUCCUCCAUACAUAAAGGCGAGCAAGCGUGCCCUGCAAAAGUCAAGCAGUCCAGAAGGGUCGCCACUGCCAAAACGGGUGUUUCGCACACCCGUAGGCUCGCCCACCGAGAAGGCCACCACAAUUUCGACUUCUAGUUUCAGUGUCGACGAAUCGCUGCACGCCUCUCAUUCCUCUUGCUCUGCAUCACCACAUAUUCGCUCUGUUUGUGCACCAACUCUGGGUCGUUCGCAUAUCCCAGAGCAGCGCUUCCAACCGUACGUACUACGACUCAGAAAAGUGAAUAGUUACGGUCACUCCGUAAUACGUCUUAGAAAGUCGAUUUUUCCUAGUAAUAUAGGACCUGAUUAG